GGGGGGAAUGUUCACCAUUUUGGAUAAGCCAUCCUUCUCUUCUCAGUCUCUCUCUCCUUUGGCUUGCGUCUCACAGGAUGUUUAGGAAGCAAGAUAGGAAUGUGAAUUACUGAGGGAAACUGCAAGCUUAGGGGAGAGAGAAGCCUCCCUCGCUAACCUCCAUGGGUGUCCAUCAUUGCACCUUAGGGUCCUCUUUUCUUCCUUUCUUCUUAUUCUUCUUCGACAAAUAAAUUAAGCCCACAAAACCCUGCGAUUGCUUACAUGGGUUUUGUAUUUUCUUUUAUUUGUUUUAAAUUGAUUUCACUAUUUUAAAAUUAUUUUUCUCUAAGAACUUCACGUUCUCCCAAAAUUUGUAGCCUCCUGAGGUGCAUUUCUACGGCGGAACGUCUCUUUCUGAGUCCUUUGCACAGCAGGAGGAAACGGGAGCAACAGUAAUCAUAUACCCAUCGCCAUUGUUGUUGUGCCAAGGAUGCUUCCUAAUACCUGCAUUCUGCUAUUAUGCCUCCUCUGCUCUCUCUCCCCUCUUAUCAGAGCCACUCUCAACCUCAAUCUCACUCUCCCCCAUCAGCACCCCAACCCUGAAGUUGUUGUUGACGAAGUUCAAAGGAGACUCAAUGUAUCCAUAUCGAGAAGACAAGUGCUCUCUGUACAGGAAAACGAUGGGUCGUCGUGUCUCACCGGUAACCCCGUUGACGACUGCUGGCGGUGCGACCCCAACUGGCAAAACAACCGGCAGCGCCUCGCCGACUGCGGCAUUGGGUUCGGCCAAGACGCUAUGGGCGGCAAGGGCGGUCAGUUCUAUGUGGUCACCGACUCCUCCGACGAGGACCCCAUCAACCCCGCUCCGGGCACUCUCCGGCACGCUGUGAUCCAGACUCAACCCCUGUGGAUUACCUUCUCCACCAACAUGCUCAUCAAACUCAAGUACGAGCUCAUCGUCAACAGCUUCAAGACCAUAGACGGGCGCGGAGCCAAUGUGCACAUCACCGGCAGGGGCUGCAUGACCCUGCAGUACGUGAGCAACGUCAUCAUCCACGGCGUCCACGUUCACCACUGCGUGCCCUCCGGGAACGCCGACAUCCGAUCAUCCCCCACACACGUGGGAUGGCGUGGGAAAUCGGACGGCGACGGAAUCUCCAUAUUUGGGUCGAGGAAGAUCUGGAUCGACCAUUGCUCGCUGUCAUACUGUAGGGAUGGAUUGAUUGAUGCAAUAAUGGGUUCGACCGGGAUCACCAUAUCGAACAACUACUUCUCCCAUCAUGACGAGGUGAUGCUUUUAGGGCACGACGACAAGUACUCGCCGGACUCCGGGAUGCAGGUGACAAUAGCCUUCAACCACUUCGGUGAGGGGCUGGUGCAGCGUAUGCCUCGCUGCCGGCGUGGCUACAUCCACGUGGUCAACAACGACUUCACCCAAUGGGAGAUGUAUGCCAUCGGCGGCAGCGCCAACCCCACCAUCAACAGCCAGGGUAAUCGCUAUACUGCGCCUGGGGACAUUAACGCCAAGGAGGUGACAAAGCGCGUGGAGACAGACGAGGAGGAUUGGGCAGAAUGGAACUGGAGGACAGAGGGGGACGUAAUGGUAAAUGGAGCUUUCUUUGUGCCAUCAGGGGUAGGGCUGAGCACUCAGUACGCCAAGGCUUCCAGUGUGGAGCCCAAGUCCGCCGCUCUCAUUCAGCAGCUCACCAUGAACGCCGGCGCCCUCAGUGGCCCCAGGGAUGACACCGUGGGCGUAUCCUAUCCGGGAUUCAGCAGUGGUGGGACCAGCAGCAGCAUAAGCAACAAUGGUGGUCACGGGUCCAGCGAUGAUUACUUUGGGAUGAUAUUCGGGAGUGGGAGCGGGAGCGACGCACCACCGCCACCCUCAGUUACAAUCUCUAUGUUUUUUUCUCUUUUAAUUAUCUUAAUUUUGUACGUUACCACCAACCAUGGUGAUGUAUUAUUAUUAUUUCUCUAAUGGAAGCUUAAAGAAAAAACCUAAUAUGAUGAA